AUGGACCGACUGAAGGCUAAAAGAGGAGCACGACGUGCCCAGGUAACCAAGCUGGUGGAUGAGGUCAACGAGCGUCGACAGGACCUAAGCACAAGCAAGGCGAUCUUGAAUGGACUUCUUGCACGGCUGGAAUCGAGUGGUAGAGACCUUCGCAAAGUGAACGAAGAGACUGAGCCGCUGAUCAGGGAGGACGAUCUUCUGUUGGAAUAUGAGGCUGUCUUCAGGUAUGAAGAGUCAGCGGCAAAUGCAAUUGCAGAACUCCGAACCCGGAUUGCUGACAUAGAACUAAAUGACCGACGUACAAAUGCAACUCCUACGGUGAAGCCAUCGGCAGCGCAGACCAAGCAUCAGGCCCAAGUAGGAAUAAAGCUCCCGAAACUGCAGCUCAUGACCUUUGCAGGUGAGCUUACGCAGUGGCAACCGUUUUGGGAGCAGUUUAGAACGGCCGUGCAUGAAAAUCGUCGUCUUAACAAGACAGAGAAAUUCCAGUAUUUGAGCACAUCGCUGAAAGGCCGAGCAGCAGCAGCCAUCCGCGGUUUACAGGCCACGGAAUCCUGUUACGACGACGCGAUCGAGAUUCUGUCGCAGCGAUUUGGGGAUACGACGCAGAUCGAGCGAGAGUACCUGUCAAGAUUGCGUAGUCUACCAGCAGUGAGGUCUUCAAGGGAUGUUGCAGGCCUACGUUCUUUGUACAACUAUGUUCAAGCCAACGUAAGAUGCCUGAAGUCACUCGGAGUUUCCACCAACAGCUUCGCCUCCAUGAUGGUGGAUAUUCUCCUUUCGGCUAUUCCACCCGAGAUGGUAGUGGAGUACCAUCGAACGGCAAAUUACGGAGCGCUUCGGACCGCAAGCAACGACACAUAUGAACACGGGUCGCUUUCGCCUUCCACAGAGGCAAGGGCUGCCAGUGGCCCAGGAACGACCGAUGAGCUUUCAAAGGUGCUCAACUUCAUUCGCAUUGAAUUGGAAAGUUUGGAGCGAGCUGGAUUGAAAGACAGCAGGAUGACCCAUGUGGCCCAAAGCACAAAUAGGACGUGGAAGAGAAGCGUUCCGACCGGAGCAAUCCUACAAGCUGCUGUAAAAGCAGUACCUAACUGUUUCUUCUGCUCAUCAAGCGAUCACAGCACAGCGGAAUGCGACGCCAGCCUACCCCUGACAGAGAAGCUAAAAAUACUGUCGAAGGCAAGUCGAUGCUUCCGAUGCACAAAGAGGGGUCAUCGCUCGAAAGAAUGUCGUGCCAAUGUGACUUGUAGUCAUUGCAAGAAGAGACACGCAUCCGUUGUGUGCGAUCCCUCGAAACUACAAACUAAGGGCAUCGACUCCGUUCCACUGACCAAUCUGAUGACAGUCAGCACCCACCGGACACAGCAUCAAGAACCCGACAUACUGCUCCAAACUGUCAGGAUUUGGGUGUCAUCGGGUACAGCCUGCACGCAACUUCGAGGCAUCAUAGAUGGCGGCAGUCAGGGGACUUUCGUCAGAGAUGACGUCGCCAAGAAACUGAACUUGAAAGUGGUGGGGGAGAGCAGGCUGCACUUGAACACGUUCGCAAGUGAUACUUCUACCAGGAAGACACACCAGGGCAAGGUCGUCGAGCUACGGUUAAGGAGCCAGUACCACCCGGCAGAACAUGUAAUUCACGCAACGACGAUUCCUUUUAUCUGUAAGGACCUUGCCGAGAUUCCGUCCAAUCAAGAGUUCGUAGCAUCCUUACGUCGCCAACGAGAGUAUAUAGGGGACGACAUGUUGUACCCAAACUUGCAAUGCGAAAAUGGCAUUCCCUUACUGAUUGGGAGCGACGAAAUGUGGAAGUUGCUCACAGGACAAGUGAAAAGGUACCCAGGCGACGAAAGGUUGGUCGCGAUUGGAACGGUUUUCGGGUGGACCUUUCAAGGGCCGUCGCCUUCCGUAAGAAGCUACACGGACAAUUCAACCACAGCCGUCUGCGUCUUGAAGAUCGGAGUAGCAACGGAGCAAGAACCGGAUAUCCUAGAGAAGUUCUGGAAAUUGGAGUGCAUAGGUAUCUCGGAAGAGACGACGUCCAACAAAGAGUACGACGCAGGGGUACUACAGGAUUUUCAACAGAACCUUCGUUUCGUAGACGGCCGUUAUGAGGUAGCGUUGCCAUGGAAGCCAGAUGCCGAGUUUGAAGAUAAUUUUGGAACAGCUCGCAAGCGACUGCAGAGCCUCACCCGGCGACUGCUACGAGACGAUAGCAUGCAGGAGUACGACGAAGUUAUAAGAGCAUACCUGCAAAACGGCCAUGCUGAAAAGGUCACGACUGAGACACUGAGCUCUGGUAGGGUCUUCUACAUGCCACACAGGGCAGUAAGUGAGUCGACCACGACAAAGGUUCGAGUGGUUUUUGAUGCUUCCUCACACGCGGUAGGAGCGACCUCUCUCAACGACCACUUAGAAAAGGGGCCGAAGUUAACACCUGACCUUGUACACAUCUUACUGCGUUUUCGGAUGUACAGAGUGGCAAUCACUGCGGACAUUCAGAAGGCGUCCCUUCAAAUUGGAAUUCGCGAGGCCGACCGGGACGCACUUCGGUUCUUGUGGUUGGCGGAGUCACCCACGCCAGGCUCCAUGCUGCCCGACUUCGAGUGCUGGCGAAUGACGCGAGUUCCGUUCGGGACUAGUGCGAGUCCUUUCCUGCUGAAUGCCACCCUGCGGCAUCACCUAACAUCAGUAGAGGGUCCGGACAAGGACCUUGCCUAUGACUUGAGCAACUCCUUUUACGUCGACGACCUGCUGAUCGGAACAGACACAGUAAACGAAGGAAAGCAGUUAAUCACUAAGACUCAAGAAAUUCUGCACAAGGCGGUAUGA